AUCUCCGAUCCUCAAAACAUAUUAACAGCGAUGAUGGCAGCUGAUACUCUGCCUCUAGACGUCCUGGAAGGGCAACUAGACACUUUUGAACUUUUGAACGCCAUGUAUCCAGACACAAGCGAAGAACGACCGAACGACGACAGUCAAGCAAUUGUAGCAAGCCUAAGGCAGUGGCUCGAAAACAAGACACCCUCUCUGGACACGCCAAAACUACCAGACAGUCUUUCCUUGAUAGUCAUAUUAGACAUCGUCGAUGAAGACUCCGCGAUAGCACACCAGUCUCUCCCAGUGAAUGUGACACUACCAUUAAGAAAAUUACGAGAAGAAGGAAAAGCCGCCACAGUCGUGCCAGGAGAAUUUCCCCUCUAUAAGAUCCGAGUAUCAAAACCCGACUGGCUGACCAAAGGAGAAACGGCACUUCUCACGCAAGACAUGCCUCAAGACGACAUCGUCUCUGCUCUAGAAUCCAUCACGAACCGAGCGCAAGAAGCAUCUCUCGCAACAGCUCUUCAACACAACACCACCACCACCACCACAACCGCUUCCCUCGCAUCACCACUCAUCCGCGUCUGGUUCUACUUCCCCUCCAUCUCCACCCGCUCCAAACGCGACGACCUAAUCCACUACGGCCCCACCUACCACCUAACCGGAUUUCUCCUCGCCGGCAAACCCGGAAUUCUCUGUCUCGAAGGCACUGCAAGCGACAUAGAUGCGUAUAUGAGAUUUAUUAAAACGGAAUCGUGGGGAGAUAUUCCUUCGGGUCACAAGAAAGUUUCGGAAAAAUGGAGGGAGGAGGGAGAGGAUGUGAAGAGAUGUUUUGAAGGGAUGGAGGAGAUUACGGAAGGGUAUGGAAUUGAGAGAAGGGGGAUGAGGGGGAAUAGGGGGGAUAUGCAAGCUGUGGAACUCUGGCUGAGUGAAAGGGGAUUACAGGAUGCGUUUGCCAAAGUGUUGAUGUAAUCUCAUAUUGCUUCCGCCUUGCACUACGCUGGUUGGUCUCAGGGAUGACGUUCAGCGAACCACAACAAUCAGGGCAAGCAAGCAAGGAUACUGUAAGAC